CUGGCGCUCGAAUUUCCCGGGUCUAGAGCGCCGGGCCUGUUGGGAAGUCGCCGGGACGGUUACCUACCGGGCCUUUGGAGGUCGCGAGUGUGUUCCGACAUGCAGAGCACAGAUCUGGGCAACAAGGAAAGCGGCAAGAUAUGGCAUCGCAAGCCAUCCCCGGCCACUCGGGACGGAAUUAUAGUGAACAUCAUUCACAAUACUUCUGAUUACUAUCCAAAAGUUUUGCGAUUUUUGAAUGUGGCUUUUGAUGGCUCAGGUGAUUGCUUAAUUGCUGGGGACCAUCAAGGAAAUAUCUACGUUUUUGACUUGUAUGGAAACAGGUUUAAUCUUGUUCAGCGAACAGCACAAGCUUGCACAGCUCUAGCCUUUAAUCUUCGAAGGAAGUCUGAAUUCCUUGUGGCAUUGGCAGAUUAUUCCAUUAAAUGUUUUGAUACAGUCACCAAGGAGCUAGUUAGCUGGAUGAGAGGACAUGAAUCAUCAGUAUUUUCAAUUUCUGUGCAUGCAUCUGGGAGAUAUGCCAUCACUACUUCUUCUGAUACAGCACAACUAUGGGACUUGGAUACCUUUCAGAGGAAAAGAAAGCUGAAUAUUCGCCAGUCUGUGGGCAUACAGAAGGUUUUCUUUCUACCUUUAAGUAAUACCAUCCUCAGCUGUUUUAAAGAUAAUUCCAUCUUUGCCUGGGAAUGUGAUACUCUUUUUUGUAAAUACCAAUUGCCAGCUCCACCUGAAAGCUCUAGUAUAUUAUACAAAGUGUUUGCUGUGACCAGAGAUGGACGAAUCCUAGCUGCUGGAGGCAAAUCAAAUCAUCUGCAUUUGUGGUGCUUGGAAGCAAAACAGCUCUUCAGAAUUAUCCAGAUGCCUACUAAAGUACGAGCUAUUCGCCAUCUGGAAUUUCUCCCUGAUAGUUUUGAUGCUGGUUCUAAUCAGGUUCUUGGAGUGCUAAGUCAAGAUGGUAUUAUGAGAUUUGUCAAUAUACAGACCUGUAAACUUCUCUUUGAAAUUGGGAGCCUUGAUGAAGGAAUUAGCUCAUCAGUAAUUAGCCCACAUGGACGGUACAUUGCGUCUAUUAUGGAAAAUGGAAGUCUAAACAUAUAUUCAGUUCAAGCUUUAACACAAGAAAUAAAUAAGCCACCUCCUCCUUUAGUGAAAGUGAUUGAAGAUUUGCCUAAGAAUACACUAACUUCCAGUAAUCCUAAGAUGAAAAUAAUGUCACAAAGAGUACAGCGGCCAGCAAGAUCUAGAGAGACCAAAAUUCAAACUAGAGUAUUAAAACAAGACUUGAGUAGUAACUCUGAAAAUAAAGAGAAUGAAUUGUCAGAUGGAUUAAACAAAAAGCGUUUACAAAUCUUAUUAAAAGGCUAUGGUGAAUAUCCAACAAAAUACAGAAUGUUCAUUUGGCGCUCUUUACUACAACUGCCUGAAAAUCAUACUGCGUUUAGUAGCCUAAUAGAUAAGGGCACUCAUGCAGCAUUUCUCAACCUUCAGAAGAAAUACCCCAUCAAAAGUAGGAAACUACUUAGAGUAUUACAGAGAACCCUGUCUGCUUUAGCUCACUGGUCUGCCAUCUUUAGUGACACACCAUAUCUUCCACUCUUGGCAUUUCCAUUUGUAAAAUUAUUCCAGAACAACCAACUCAUCUGUUUUGAAGUUGUCGCUACUCUCAUAAUCAACUGGUGUCAGCACUGGUUUGAAUACUUUCCUAAUCCUCCCAUCAAUAUUCUUAAUAUGAUAGAAAAUGUUUUGGCAUUUCAUGACAGAGAACUGCUACAACACUUCAUAAAUCACGAUAUAACUUCCCAGCUGUAUGCAUGGCCUCUUCUUGAAACUGUGUUCUCAGAAGUACUGACAAGAGAGGAGUGGCUCAAAUUAUUUGAUAAUGUCUUCUCCAACCAACCUUCCUUCCUCCUGAUGACUGUGGUCGCCUACAACAAAUGUUCUAGAGCUCCUUUGCUCAAUUGUACUCUUAAGGAUGACUUCGAGUAUUUUUUUCACCAUCGGAAUAACCUGGAUAUAAAUGUUGUGAUUAGAGAAGUUUAUCACCUCAUGGAUACCACGCCUGCUAAUAUUCAUCCAGACAGCAUGCUGGAUGUUUUUGUUGCACUGACAAAAGGGCAAUAUCCAGUAUUUAAUCAAUAUCCAAAGUUUAUUGUGGACUACCAGACCCAGGAACGAGAAAGGAUAAGGAAUGAUGAAUUGGAUUACUUGAGAGAGAGGCAGACAGUUGAAAAUAUGCAAGCUGAAGUAAACCAGCAAAAAAUUGAAGAUGAAGCUUGGUACCAGAAACAAGAACUGCUUCGUAAAGCUGAGGAAACAAGAAGAGAAAUGCUCUUGCAAGAGGAAGAGAAGAUGGUACAGCAAAGACAGAGACUAGCUGCUGUGAAAAGAGAGCUGACAAUAAAGGAAAUGCACUUACAAGAUGCUGCUAGAAGGCAAUUUCUGAAGCUUCAGCAAGAUCAACGAGAAAUGGAACUACAAAGACUGGAUGAUGAAAUUGAAAGAAAGGUACAAAUGAGAGAUCGUGAAAUUGCUACCACAGCCAAAGACCUAGAAAUGAGACAGCUGGAGCUCGAAUCACAGAAAAGACUUUAUGAGAAGAAUCUUACUACAAAUCAAGAGGCUGUUGCAAAAGAAAUCCGAGAAGAUGUAGAUGCCCAUCGACGGAAAGUGGACCUUGAAGAUCACAUGUUCCAUAAGCUCAUUGAAACUGACCAGUCUCAGUGCAGAAAAGCUCAGCAGGUAAUUGAAGAAAAUUUGGCAAAAGCUGAGCAAGCAUGCCUAAAUGCUGACUGGCAAAUUCAAACUUUACAUAAACAAAAAUGUGAUGAUGUACAACGAAAUGAAGGUUACCAAGAAAUAGCCAAAAUCCUUCAGAAAAACAGAAGGAAAGAAAUAGAGCUAUUAAGUGCUAUGACAGAAGAGGAAGCUGAGACAUGGAAAGAAGCUGAAGAAAAGGAGUCUGAGUUGAGAUCAGAAAAGAAAGCUUCUGCGCUCUUGGAUGCAUCUAGACAGCGGUAUUUGAAGCAGGAGAUGAGUGCUGCUUUAGGACAUGCUGACAAGCCAUUUCAUAAAGCAAAAGCAUCCUGGUUGCAAAGCGAGCAGGUGGUCUCAAGCUAUUUGCCCACAACCUCACAAUUAAGUGACAUUUAUGACAUGAACUCUUCAACACAGGUUUCUUUAAAUAGAGAUAGAACAGAAUGGGACAACAUGGAACAGAAUCUUAUCAAGAAAGUGAGAAAUCUUCGCCAGAGACUCACUACCCAGGCUCGAAACAGAUGCCAGACCCCUCAUCUUUUGGCUAUGUAGAAGUUGUGUCGACGUAAAACAGAGAGAUGUCUGUGUGUAAUCAAUGAUACUGAAUUUUAGAUUAUUUAUUCAAAUUUUGUAUAAAGA